GCUCCUCCCUCUCUGUACCUUGUGACAACAACAACUCAUCCACAGAGCUUAGCGGUCUAGUGGAGCCGCACUUUCCAGCUCAUUCUCCUCCGGUCAUUCCUCCUCCUAUCUUUGAUCAUUGUCUCUCCGUGCUCAGCCAAAACCCUCAUUCACCACGUCUUUUCAGCAUAUCAUUCUACUCCCCAACUCACCAGAGGAGCUAAACUCCCGUGGAUUAUUUCAUUUGGAAAUUGUCGACAACUGCACUUUUUUUCCUGCAGGACUGGGUUUUAUACUUUGAACUUACUCUUCUUCCCCUAGGUGACCAUGGCCGUACCGGCUGCUUUGAUCCCGCCAACUCCUCUGGUCCAGCCGCCUUCGAUCUCUACUCCUUCAGCGACCACCUCCCCGCCGUCGACAACUUCACCCCCGUCUCCCUCAAUGGCCCCCUCCGGACAGAACCUGUUCCGCUCGGAGCUCCUCGGCACCAGUAGCCCCGGCAUCCUGACCCCGACCGGGGCUCUGCCCAGCAAGCCAGUAUACUUGACUCCGUCGCCUGUUGAGAACACCCCGCAGAACAACGAGUGUAAAAUGGUGGAGUUGCGGGGGGCGAAGGUGGCGUCUUUCACCGUGGACGGGUGCGAACUCAUCUGCCUGCCCCAGGCUUUCGAUCUGUUUCUGAAGCACCUGGUCGGAGGACUGCACACCGUGUACACCAAGCUGAAGAGACUGGAGAUCACGCCGGUGGUCUGCAAUGUGGAGCAGGUCCGCAUUCUGCGAGGGCUCGGAGCCAUCCAGCCAGGAGUCAACCGCUGCAAACUCAUUUCCAGAAAAGACUUCGAGACUCUGUACAACGACUGCACCAAUGCCAGCUCCAGACCAGGCAGACCUCCUAAGAGGAGCCAGAGUGUGACAUCGCCAGAGAACCCACACAUCAUGCCACACUCUGUCCCCGGCCUCAUGUCCCCUGGAACAUUCCCAUCCUCAGGGCUGACGGCGGCGGCGGCGGCAGCUGCCAACGCGGCCAUCGCCGAGGCCAUGAAGGUGAAGAAGAUCAAGCUGGAGGUGAUGAGCGGCUACCGCAGCAACGCCAACCAGCAUGGGGCCGAUGGCGAGAACGGAGAUCUCAGCUCCGGCGUGGGUUUGGAACUGCCCUUCAUGAUGAUGCCCCACCCCCUGAUCCCUGUCAGCUUGCCCCCUGCUUCUGUUUCCAUGGCGAUGAGCCAGAUGAACCACCUCAGCACCAUCGCCAACAUGGCCGCCGCCGCACAGCAGCAGAGCCUGCCCUGCAGAAUGGUCACCUCAGUCAUCAAAGAGCGUGUCCCAGAUAGUCCCUCCCCCGCCCCUUCCUUAGAGGACGGCAGGAGGCCCGGCAGCCACCCAUCGUCCCACCGCAGCAGCAGUGUCUCCAGUUCGCCGGUCCGCACAGAGAGCUCCUCAGACAGGAUACGUACGUCCCCCUAUUCCCUCCCCAUGCAACGAGUCAGACUGGCUAACUGCGUGUUCAGUGCCGCAACCAUACAUCAGAAUGGUUUGUCUAUGAACCAAAUGAACCAAGCUCUGCUGGGACUCUCCCCGAGCAUUCUGCCUGGGCCUAGAGAAGGAGACCUGGCCCACGACAUGAGCCACGAAGCAAAGAGGAUGCACGUCGACAAAGAUGACAAUCAUAUGUGCACCCCGACGGCGAGAGACAGCUACGAGAGGAUGUCACUGGCUGGACAAGGUCUACCACCUGGCUUCCCCUCGCCGUUCCUGUUUCCAGACGGCCUGUCAUCUAUUGAGAAUCUCCUCACUAACAUACAGGGCCUGCUGAAGGUGGCAAUUGACAACGCGCGGGCCCAGGAGAAGCAGGUGCAGCUGGAGAAGACGGAGCUGAAGAUGGAGCUGUUCAGGGAAAGAGAGCUCCGGGAGACCCUGGAGAAACAGCUCGCUAUCGAACAGAAGAACAGAGCAAUAAUCCAGAAGCGUUUGAAGAAGGAGAAGAAGGCUAAGAGGAAACUGCAGGAGGCUCUGGAGUAUGAGUCCAAGAGGAGGGAGCAGGCCGAACACUGCAUCAAACAGCCGUCACCCUCAGAGAGCCUGCGCUCAGUCAAUGACUCACUGAACCCAGAGAUGGAGAGUGACCGCAGCACUGGAAGAACAGAUGCUGAGAGGGCAAUACAAGAUGGAAGACUGUUCUUGAAAACCACAGUGAUGUACUGAUAAGAAGACGAUGAGCUCAAGGAGAAAAGCAAUCUGAUGAAGAUUGUCAAGAGCCCAGGUGGAUUUCGUAGCAGAUAAAUAGGUCACACUGCGUGUACUGUAGCAGUUCAAUGGAAGUGUGUUUGGCCAAACACCGGAAAAGGGUUGUGUCUGAAUGUAGAAACUCUUUUUCUCACAGAUAUCAACAUUACAUAGUCGCUAACGCAGGUUUUGAUGCAUUGAGGUUGGUUGUUUCAAAAAAAAAAUCAAUUAUUGCACAGUAAAAAUGUACCAAGGGGUACACUGUUGGUAAUAUCGCAAAGAAAUUCACGGCACUGAAGAUUUUUUAUACUGUAUUUCAACCAGCGACAAAGCUUUGAACAUGAUCAGACUCAGAGGUUGUGUUUUGUAUUUCAAGUUUAAUUCCGAGAUGUAAAAAAAAAUUAUAUAACGCUUGGAAAGAACCUCUGUGAUUUUUUUUAUUUAUCCGUAUGUUGAUCAAAAGAGACGACUGAGAUUUGAUUUGAAUGUUUUCUAAAUUAGAAGAAAAUACAAUAAAGUUUCCUUUUUACCAUUGUUGUAUAUACCGGAACUGAUGCUAAUGACACGAUAACUCACUCUAUCAAAAGCUGAGUUGAUUAAUAUGGUAUGUGUAUAUAAAGUUAAGAGGCGGUAUUGUGUAUGCAGUAGAUCUAUUAGGAAGACAAUACCGACAUUCAUAUGACUUUAUAGUUUGUUUUUGUUUCGUUUCUGAGCCAUCAUUCUUUCAAAUAGCUGCCAUUUUGGUGAAAAAGCAUGCAGGCAUGUAAAUGUUUGUCCUGAAAUUAUGAUAUUUAAUAAAUCCUAUAUUGUGCUGAACAAAUACGUAGGGUUGAUUCACUUAAGCCCAACUGAAAAUCGAACAUUUUGCUUUUAAAUAAAUAACUUUUGCUGUCAAUUGUAACCCUUUGCAAAACAGUUAGUAUCGCUUUUUAUUGAAACACUUGGGGCCACUUUCCUAGACACAGAUUAACCGUAAUCCUGGACUAAAAAGCAUUCUCAAUGGAGAAUCUCCAUUUAAAAUGAAAAUCCUUUUUAGUCCAGGAUAAGGUUUCAUAUUUUGUUCCUAAUGUGUGGCUGUUCAUUUGUUACAUGGACUGGUGAUAAUUACAUAUUAACACUAGUUAAUAAAUCUCCUCAUUUAAGCCAAUUUAUUCAGAAGUCAAGUGAACAGUUUAAUUCCAAAACACUAUAUACAGUGCUGUCUGAAAUUUUUCAGAACCCUUGAGUUUUUUUAGGUUACAGCCUUAUUCUAAAAUUGAUUAAAUUGUUUUUUUCCCUCAUCAAUCUACACACAAUAGCCCAUAAUGACAAAGCAAAAAAAAAUUUUUUUUAUGUUUGCUCAUUUAUUUAUUUUUAAAAACACUGAAAUAUUACAUUUACAUAAGUAUUCAGACCCUUUACGCAGUACUUUUUUGAAGCAAAGUGCACAGCUAUUUUCAGGUCUCUCCAGAGAUGUUAGAUGAGGUUCAAGUCCGGGAUCUGGCUGGGCCACUCAAGGCCAUUCAGAGACUUGUCCUGAAGCCAUUCCUGCUUUGUCUUGGCUGUGUGCUUCGGGUCGUUGUCCUGUUGGAAGGUGAACCUUCACCCCAGUCUGAGGUCCUGAGCGCUCUGGAGCAGGUUUUCAUCAAGGAUCUCUCUGUACUUCAUCUUUGCCUCGAUCCUGACUAGUCUCCCAGUCCAUGCCGCUGAAAAACAGCCCCACAGCAUGAUGCUGCUUCCACCAUGCUUCACCGUAGGGAUGGUGCCAGGUUUUCUCCAGAAGUGACGCUUGGCAUUCAGCCCAAAGAGUUCAAUCUUGGUUUCAUUAGACCAGAGAAUGUUGUUUCUCAUGGUCUGAGAGUCUUUAGGUGUCUUUUGGCAAACUCCAAGCGGGCUUUCAUGUGCCUAUUACUGAGGAGUGGCUUCCGUUUUGGUCACUCUACCAUAAAGGCCUGAUUAGUGGAGUGCUGCAGAGAUGGUUGUCCUUCUGGAAGGUUCUCCUAUCUCCACAGAGGAACUCUAGAGCUCUGUCAGAGUGAUCAUUGGGUUCUUGUUCACCUCCCUGACCAAGACCCUUCUCCCCCAUUGCUCAGUUUGGCCGGGCGGCCAGCUCUAAGAAAAGUCUUGGUGGUUCCAAACUUCUUUCAUUUAAGAAUGAUGGAGGCCACCGUGUUCUUGGGAACCUUCAAUGCUGCAGAAAUGUUUUGGUACCCUUUCCCAGAUCUGUGCCUCAACACAAUCCUGUCUCGGAGCUCUACGGACAAUUCCUUUGACCUCGUGGCUUGGUUUCUGCUCUGACAUGCACUGUUAACUGUGGGACCUUAUAUAGACAGUUGUGUGCCUGUCCAAAUCAUGUCCAAUCAUGAUUUGGAAAAGCACCACAACUGGAGUCCAAUCAAGUUGUAGAAAUAUCUCAAGGAUGAUCAAUGGAAUCAGGAUGCACCUGAACUCAAUUUUGAGUCUCAUAACAAAGGGUCUGAAUAGUUAUGUAAAUAAGAUAUUUCUGCUAUGUAUUUUUAUUAAUUUGCACAAAUUUCUAAAAACCUGUUUUCACUAUGUCAUAAUUGUGUAUUGUGUGUAGAUUGCUAAGGAUUUUUAUUGAUUUAAUCAAUUGUAGAAUAAGGCUGUAAUGUAUCAAAAUGUGGAAAAGGUCAAGGGGUCUGAAUAUUUUCAGAAGGCACUGUAAAUAUAAUUUUUCAGAAGUGUUUGUAAAUUAACUUUUAUUGUUUAAAGAAAUUAUGAAAGAGAUUGGUGUGUUUAUUCACUAUCUAAUCAUGGCAUGGGGUUGUUCAAUGACAGACAUGUAUUUGUUUAAAAUCUAUCACGUGAUGGUUUCAUUUCAGAGGGACAAAUAAUCAUGUAUUUUUUGCCAAAAUGCUAUAUAUCCGCCUCACUCUGAGAGAAAUAAGUAGUACUGCUAGGUUUUACACAGUUAAUUGUAAGAAAUAACUACUUUUUUUGGUAAAGAAUUGUAUAAAUGAUACAUUUGUGAGAUCAAUCUGUAUGUAAAACAUUUACAUUUAACAUUUUUGUCAUUUAGCAGAUUCUCUAAUCCAGAGCAAUUUACCGUACAUUUUAAGAUAGCUCGGUGUGACAACCACAUAUCACAGUCAAAUAUGCUGGAUAUGAACAUUCCAUUCCAGCUAAACAAUGGAUAUAUAGCGUUUUGAACACACAAAAAAAUAAUCAUACACAUCUACAAUCUAUGAAUAAAAAAUCUGAGAACAGUAAUAUUUUACACACACAUGAAGGUACCCAUAAGCAAUCGUUUCUGAUGAAAAAACACAAAUGUGGAUAUAGCGUUUGGGGAAAUAUACAGACAAUGCAGCAGCUAGAAAGAAUGACUAGGAAACAACUAGCCAACCUUCUCAGUUUUAGAAUAUUUGUUUAAAAACAAGCAAAUUGCAUUGCAUAACAUCAGUGGCUGAUGGACAUAGGAUUAAAUAGUAUAUUAGCUUGUCUUAAAGUUCCCUUACAAAUCAACAAUGUAUGUUAAUGCCAUCCUGAUGCAGCAAAAAUUAGGCAUUUUACUUUAUGGAAAGAUGUGCCUCAUUUUUAGGGUUAACCCUAACCAUAACCCUAACCCUAUUCAAAAGGAAGGUUGAAUAGUUUUCCACACCGGCUGAGUCAACUCCUAUACAGUUUGUAUGAGUUCAUUCCUGAGACAGGAACUGAUGUCUGUCAUAUACUGUAAAAGAAACAGGCUAUGUGUUUGAAAAAAUGUGUAAGGAAAAGAGUGGCCUAGAUUCAAUCAGAUCAAGUGUUAUCGGACCAUAGCCAACACCCGCAUAGCUGAUGUUUUGGCAGUGUCGGAGGUGUGACUGGGUUAGAGCCGUCAAAUCGGUGAGCAGCUGCUCUUGAUCAUUGUCAUGAAGCACCACCCUUUCCACUCGUGUUAGAAGUUCAGAACGAGAAAGUGUAGGCUACAUAGAAAUAAUGACACUCUAAUGUAAAAUCGUUCAAUUAAAUCGUGAGGAUUUCUGUCAGCCAAUCGAGAUGUAGAUCACAUCACAUUCCAGUGUUUGAACUUGUGAACAAGGCUGCAUGGGAUUUCUCUUAACGCGACUCCGUGCAGCCAAUGGCAAUGUCCGAUUUAGGUAUAAUGCCAGGAGCCUCUUGUGGAUUCGACAGCUCUAAUGCAGUUCCAACACUGACAAAACACGGAUGUCAGCGGAAUUGGAUCCGAUUGAAUCUAGAGCCCUUUGUUGUUUUCUUUUGAACGUCUGUUGCGAUGGAGUUUUGUCGGUUUGUUGUUGACUUGUCGUGAAUAACUUACAUAGCACCCCUUCAUUGUACUUCAACUUUGAAUAAACGUCAAAUGUUGAUGAGCACCAA